AUGAUGAACGGUGGAUCAGUGAGGCGAUUGUUAGGGUUUAGCAGGCAAAGUGAACUGGCUUCCAAGAGUGACAUCUGGAUUUUAGGAUGUUGCUAUCAGAUUGCCCAGGAUGGCGAGGAUUCAUCUAAUCCAACACAUAGCGAAGAUUUUGCUGCAUUCGUUGAGGAUUUCUCGUCCCGGAUCCUCAUCACGUAUCGUAAAGGAUUUUCCCCCAUUAUGGAUACCAAGUACACCAGCGACAUAAACUGGGGGUGCAUGCUUCGAAGCAGUCAGAUGCUUGUUGCUCAGGCAUUUCUUGUUCACAAAUUAGGGAGAUCAUGGAGGAAAUAUCCUCACAAGCCACUCGACCCACAUUACAUUGAAAUAUUGCAUCUUUUUGGGGAUGGGGAAGACUCACCUUUUUCCAUACACAAUCUUCUCCAAGUGGGAAAGAGUUAUGGUCUUGCCCCUGGAUCAUGGGUGGGACCCUAUGCCAUGUGUCGCACAUGGGAAAGUUUGUUACGGGAUAAGAGAAAGGAGAGAGAUAGUGGGAUAUUGUCUUCAAUGGUGACUUUAUAUGUGGUUUCUGGUGAUGAAGAUGGGGAAAGGGGUGGAGCUCCUGUGCUCUGCAUUGAGCAUAUAGCCCGACAUUGUUCGGAGUUUGGAGGAAGCCAAGUUGGUUGGGCUCCUGUCAUUUUGAUGGUUCCUUUGGUUUUAGGACUGGAGAAAGUCAAUCCUAGGUAUCUCCCACUUCUGAGUGCGACAUUCACAUUUCCACAAAGCCUCGGCAUUUUGGGUGGAAGACCUGGUGCGUCAACUUACAUAAUCGGAGUGCAAGAUGAAAAUGCAUUCUAUCUGGACCCACAUGAAGUUCAACAGGUAGUUGACACUAAGGGAGAUAAUCUAGAUUUGGAUACUUCAUCUUACCACUGCAAUGUUGUCAGACAUAUUCCUCUUGAUUCUAUCGAUUCAUCUUUGGCACUAGGAUUUUAUUGCAGGGACAAGAGUGACUUUGAUGAUUUUUGUGAACGCGCAUCAGAACUAAUUGGUCAAUCAAACGGUGCCCCGUUAUUUACCAUAGCCAAUAAGCAUGUUGCACUUAGAGAUAACGAGCCUCAUGAUUAUUAUAAUCGGCUGGUAACUGGUGAAUCAGAAGAUGAUGAAGACUGGCAGCUCCUCUGA